AUGAUUUUAAUUCUAAUUUUUGUUAAUUUGAUAGAGGGAAUUGUGAUUAAAGAAGUGACUGACAAAAACUAAACAAAGAAAUUUCAUUUAGAUCAUGCAACAACAAUAAUUACAAUGCCAGGAGCAUCAGAUUCUAUAUUAAUAGGUCAUUAAAAUGAUAGUUACUGUUGGCCCUAAUAACCAGCUGUAAAGACAGAAAUAAAAACAAUGAAUAUAAUAACAGAAAAGGAUUUAACUGAUUAUGUUUAUUAGGAAGAAACUCCAUUAAAUUUUGGAUAAUUUAUUGGUAUGGUUCAUGUUAGGGAUGGUUUUAUAGCAAUAACAUCAAAUGCAAAGAUUUAUCAUUUGAAAUUUAAUUACAACUACAUACAUGAGAUAUUCAGUUUUCCAGAAUAUGGAAAUCCUUAUGAAUUUGCAGGUUUUAGAUGGAAAGUCGAUUUAUAAGCUUAUGCACCAACCACAGAAGAUAAAGAAGAAAUACCUUAAAUUUUAUAUUUGAAGACAAACAAUUUGGUGUUAGUUUUAUAUCCAAAUAGUGCUUAAUUUUUUAGUAUGUAUGAAAUGGAUGCAAAUUCAAAAAAUUUAAUUUUGUAUACAGCAUCCUCUUGGAAGUAGAGAAAAGAAAGAGGACUUACUAAAGAAUAUUUUGGUUAUGUUUAUAGUAGUGUAGGAAGAGAUGGAAUUGAUAUUUAUAGAGUUUCAUCUUAUGAUGUUAGAUUUGAAUUAACAAUUGAUUUGAUAAAUUUGUUUCCAGAUUUUACAAAAUUAUCAGAUUUUAUAGUGAUAAAGAAAGAACAUGAUGAAUUUCAUAUGUUUAUGUUAGAUGUUGUUAUUGGACUGAUAGAGUUGGCAAUAGAAAUAGAUGAUGGAGAAUUUAAAUACAAAGUAAGACCUGAAAUACCAAGAAAAGAAGGAGGAAUAGCAGUAGAUACAAAAAAUGGUAGAAAUGUAUUUGUGGUUUACAAAGAAUUAUUUAGGUAUUCGAUUAUUGAAUAUUUGUAUGAUAAAAAUAUAGAAGGAUAUGAAAUUGUGAAUGAACAUAUUUCUUAUUAAAAAGUAGUUGGAUUGAAAGUAACUGAUGAAUUUGUGCUAAUCCAAGGUUUAAUCCAUCAUUAAUUGAUUUUCUCAAAUUCUUUUAAAUUAGUUAAUCCAGAUACUGAACCAACUAUUUAUACUUAAUUUGGAAUUCGUAAUUUCAUGUUUUUUGACGCAAAUAUUACAGAUUAACCAUUACUUAAAAAGUUUAACAUAACUGGUUUUCAAUUUGAUGAUUUCUUUUUUGGAGUAACAGCUUCAGGAGCAGUUUUAGUUCGAUAUAAUUUUACUCCAGCAGGAGUUAAAUGUUUUAGUAACAAUGGUAAACUUAUUAUUUAUUAUUAAUAGAAACCUAAGUGUUAACUCAAUAAAGUUAUUAAGUCAAAUAUAAUGUUACUUAAUUUAUUGAUGGAGAAGUUAACAGAGACUUUGUUGUCAGACAUAGCUUUAAUUUAGUUGUUUAACUAUCCUAUCCAGAACCUAUCUUAGAAGAUGAGCUAAUCAAAACCUUGGUUCUCGUUUUUGUUCUGCUAUUAGGUAAUAGAAUAAAUAUGUAUUAUUAAAGUUUGUUUGUUGGCAUUGGGAUGUGUGGAGAAGGUACGAUAAAAAAAUGAAAAUGAGAAGUUUAAGAGUCAACCAAAAACAGUAGAGAUGAUAAUUUAAUAAAAUCCAUUUUCAAAGAUCAAUCAAAAAUUAAUGAGCGAGGAUUAUAAAUCGAAAUAAGAAAAAAAAAAAGAUAAAAAAAAGUCCUAGAUGUAGCAACAGUUAAUAUGA